ACUUGUACUUGCACAUAUAGAAAAGUCAAAGUGCUGACUUGCACAUCUCUCUCUCUCUGCGCGUGAAAAGCAUUUCCAGAGCGAGAGAGACACUUUGCCCAAAAGGCAAUUCUUGCGAGAAACACCACAACCCUGAAAUAUCUUCAAUUGUUUUUUUCCCUUCCCACAGAUCACGCAAGGGCUGCUCCGAAUGGAGUUCCUGGGAAGGUCCGUGAAGAAAGAGUUCAAGGGCUUCGGGGUAUUCUCAGGGACCGUGAGAUCCUACGACGCCUCGUCUGGGUUCUUCGAGAUCGUAUACGAGGACGGCUGUUCCGAGGAGCUGGAGUUUUCCGAAGUGGCUUCUCUCUUCGAGGGCAGAGAAGAAGCCUCCGCCGCCUCUGAAUUGCCUCACGAAAAACCGCGGCUCGGCCGUAAGCCCAAGAAGCGGCGUCGUAUCGAGCGGAUGUGCGAAGUUCGAAGCAGUUCAGGUAAUUUACUUAAUACUCCUGAAGGAAAUUUGAGGGAAACUGUGGGGACCUGUGGCAAUUUACAUGGAAACGGUAAUUUAAAUGAUGGGUUUGUAAGGAUUUUAGAAAUGGGACAAAGGUUUGGAGGGAAUUUGAGAGAAAGUGUGGAGGUUAAUCUGAAUUUGAAUAUUAAUAUUGAACAAACCCCAGAAAACGAAAGUGGGUUUGGGGUGGAUUUGAAAGAGAGUGUUUCCGUUGGUGGAAAUGUUAAUGGAAAUGAUAAUUUGAAAGACGGGUUUGAUUUGAAUGCUGGGAUUAAUGUGAAUGAGGAGGUGGACUUGAAGGAUGGAUGUGAUACACGUUUAAAAUCUCAGGAAACUCCGAGGAAAAGGGAUUGUAUUGAUUUGAAUUUAGACGUAAGUGGUGAUUUUGAUGAGAACUUGACUGAGGCUAAUUUGGGUUGUUCGGUUUCGGGAAACCAGAAGAAGAAUUGUGGUUUUGAUUUGAAUUUGGAGGUUUGCGAGGAUAUUCAGGAUCUUGAUGGUGACGAUGGAGUAGAAUUUAGGGUUAGCAAUUCUUCUAGGAUUGAAGAAACCCAAAAGAAAGAGAUUGCUGGAGACGUUGAAGAAAAAUGUGAGGAAGAUGGUGGCGCAAAGGGGUCUUUGGAGAAACUUAAUUUAGACAUUAAUGAUGGUAAUUCAAAGCAAGAAGAUAUUAGUGGGUCACUUGAGGCUGCAGUGGGAGAUGUAUCUUUAGUGUUGGCUGAAGGACUUGAGAAGGAAAUUGGUGUUUGUAGUGAAGAUCUGAAAGCUCAUCGUUCUCUUGGUUUUUUGGAUGAAAGCUGCAUCAAGGAUCAUGGUUCUAUGGAAGUACGGUUAGAGGAUGGUCUUUCUGAGGCUGGUGCUACAGUUGUUCAAGGGGACCAAGGUGGCUUAGGAAGUCCAUGUACACAAGGAAGUAGCCGAAGAAAGAGGAGGAGACAAGCAGAUAAUUUGAAAUCAAUCACGGAAACAGUUUUGAGGAGAAGUUCUCGCAGAGGGUCUGCUCAGAAUCAUGUUGUAUAUUCUUUCCAAGAUCCAUUAUCAUCAUCCCCUGCGGUUAGUGUUGUAACAGAGGAAAUGGCGGCAAUUUCAGGUUGUGAAGCAUCUGAAAAUACCAGUGUACUUCCUCCAAAGCUGCAAUUACCCCCUUCUUCACAAAAUUUGGAUUUGGACAACAUUCCCGUUCUUGACCUUUUUUCUGUCUAUGCAUGUUUAAGAUCCUUUAGUACUUUAUUAUUCCUGAGUCCCUUUGAGUUGGAGGACUUUGUAACAGCACUGAAGUGCAAGUCUCCUAGUACAUUGUUUGAUUGCAUUCAUCUUUCUAUUUUGCAAACUCUGAGGAAGCAUUUGGAGUACCUUUCGAAUGAAGGUUCUGAAUCUGCUUCUGAUUGCUUAAGGAGUCUUAAUUGGGAUUUGUUAGACUUAAUUACAUGGCCCAUUUUUAUGGCCGAGUACCUACUGAUCCAUGGUUCAGAAUUGAAACCUGGAUUUGAUAUCAGUCGCUUAAAACUAUUCAGAACUGACUACUACAAACAACCUGCUUCUGUGAAGGUCGAGGUACUUCGGUGUCUGUCUGAUGAUAUGAUUGAAGUGGAAGCUAUAAGGUCCGAGCUUAGUAGAAGAUCGUUGGUAGCUGAGCCUGACAUGGUUUUCGAUCGGAGUAUGAACCUUGAUGUUUGCAAGAAAAGGAGAGUUACAGUAGAUGUUUCUGUGGGCUCUUGCUUGACAGAAGAGAUUGUUGAGGACACCACUGACUGGAAUAGUGAUGAAUGCUGCCUUUGUAAGAUGGAUGGAAACUUAAUAUGCUGUGACGGUUGUCCUGCUGCUUACCAUUCAAAGUGUGUAGGAAUUAGUAGUGAUCUUUUGCCAGAGGGUGACUGGUACUGCCCCGAAUGUGCAAUUGACAGAUGUAAGCCUUGGAUGAAACACCAGAAGUCACCCCGAGGGGCAGAGUUACUGGGAAUUGACCCUCAUGGGCGGCUAUUUUUUAGCAGCUGCGGUUACUUGUUGGUGUCAGAGUCAUGUGACACUGAAUCUGCAUUCAGUUACUACCACAGAAAUGAUUUGAGUGUUGUUAUUGAAGUGCUAAAGACUUCAGACAUUUUCUAUAGUGGCAUAUUAAUGGCUCUAUACAAGCACUGGGAUAUCCCUUUGAACUUAAAAGGAGCUAGUAGUUUUGACUUGAGGAAUCAUUCUCUAUGCUCAGACAUUUUUACAAAGAGGCAAAGCUUGGCUAUUUUAAUGCCCUUGGCACCACUGACAUCUUCAGACACAAAUACUGUUAAGAACGAAACUGACGACAUGAAAGUGGAAGAACAUCCUACCAGUGGAUGCUCUGAUCAUCUUGGCUCUAAGGUUUCCGAGUCUGUGAACUUCUUAGGUUCCAUUAAUGCUACAGAAAGUCCAUAUAUAACUUUAGAAGGAUCAGCUGGAGCUACACAAACUUGUGUAGACAUUCAAAAUUAUCAAAAUCAUGGGGCCCAUGAUUCAAAUAGAUCUGCUGAAUUCUUACAUCAGUCUCAAAUACAAGGAAAGUACUCACGUUUUGGAGACACUUCUUUGGCGUCUACCAGCAUAGAUGUUAGAAGAGAAAGUAAUAUGGAAUCUACUGGUCCUCGGCAGUACCCAUCUGCUAUAACCACUAGAAAAGGUGACACAUUACACACAAAUUGCGGGAUUGGCUACACAAACUAUUACGGUUUUGCUCAAACUGCCUCAUUAGUUGCAGAGGAGUUGAUGCGUAAAUCAUUAGACAAAAUUGAUGAAAACUUCCUACUAUCAGUGGAGGAUAUAAUCUCAACACAAAUGAAGGCAAUUUUGAAAAAAUCUACCAAGUUUUGUUGGCCAAAUAUUAAGAACCAAAACAUAAAUGCAAGGAAAGAGAAGUGUGGAUGGUGCUUUUCGUGUAAAUAUCCAACUGAUGAAAGAGAUUGCUUGUUUAACAUGUAUUUGGGGCCUGUUCAGGAAGGUUCUAAAAAUGAUGUCUUUGAUCUUCAAUCAAAAAAGAACAGGAAGGGCCAUCUUGUAGAUGUCAUAUGCCAUGUUCUCUCCAUUGAAGAUCGUCUGCAUGGGCUUUUAUUGGGUCCAUGGCUGAAUCAAAAUCAUAUCAAGUGCUGGCAUAAAAGUAUUCUUAAGGCAUCCGAUCUAGUGUCUAUUAAAACUUUAUUGCUUGCAUUGGAAUCAAACUUGCAUCCUCUUGCUCUCUCAGCUGAGUGGUCAAGACAUGUGGAUUCUGUUAUUACUGUGGGUUCAGCUUCUCAUGUCGUAAACAGUUCAUUACGUGCAUCAUCAAAACAUGGGAUUAGCCGAAAGAGGGUUAGGCCAUCAGAACCAGAGUCCAAUCCUUCUUCAAAUGCUGCCAGUGGAUUAAGUACGUUCUGGUGGAGGGGUGGUAGGAUUUCUCGUCGGGUGUUUAAUUGGAAGGUUCUGCCUUGCUCCUUGGCUUCCAAGGCUGCCAGACAAGCUGGGUGUACGAAGAUACCAGGCAUAUUAUAUCCUGAGAAUUCAGAAUAUGCAAAGAGAAGCAGAUAUGUUGCUUGGCGAGCUGCUGUUGAGACAGCAUCAAGUGUAGAGCAGCUUGCUUUCCAGGUUAGGGAGCUUGAUACGAACAUUAAAUGGGAUGACAUCGAAAACACGCAUUCUCUUCCUGCAUUGGACAAGCAAUCUGUAAAAUCAAUCAGACUUUUUAAGAAAGUUAUUAUCCGCAGGAAGUGCACUGAAGGGGAAGUGGUAAAGUAUCUUCUUGAUUUUGGCAAGAGGAGAGCUAUCCCUGACAUUGUUAAAAGACAUGGGUCCUUGGUGGAAGAAUCCUCUAGUGAAAGGAAGACAUAUUGGUUGGCGGAAUGUUAUGUUCCCUUGCAUCUUUUGAAAAAUUUUGAGGAGAAAAGACUUGCCCGUAAAUCCUUGGAGAUGAAAUCUGCAGAACUUCUUGAUUGUAGAGUGAGAAAGAGAUCCCCUCAGAAAAGGGGAUUUUCGUAUCUGUUUUUAAAAUCUGAAAGAUCCGAGUAUUAUCAGUGUGGACACUGCAAUAAAGAUGUGCUGAUCAGGGAAGCUUUGAGCUGCAUGUACUGCAAAGGAUUUUUUCAUAAAAGGCAUGUGAGAAAGUCUGAUGGGGCUGUCACUGCUGAAUGUACCUAUAAAUGCCACCGAUGCCAUGAUGGGACUCGAGCGAAGAGUGAUUCAAAAAGAGGGAAAAUUGGCACAAAAGGAGGAAAACUACUGUCACAGAAGAAUAAAAAAGUCUCCAAAGAUUGCAGGUCGGUGAGACUAAAAUGCAGUAAAAAAGCAUCAAAGGGUGGACAAAUUCGAUCUCAAAACAGUAAAAAAGCUCUAGCUGUUGUGCCUCUACGUCGUUCACCUAGGAAAGUCAAAUGCUUGCCACUGCAAAAUAAAAAGCGUGGAGGACGCAGGAAAGCAAAGCAGAUAAAAUCCAGAAAGUCCUAUAAGAAACCAAAGAGAAGUAGUUCUUGGAGGAAGAAGAGAACACAUGUUUACCAGAGUUACUGGCUCAAUGGUCUUCUGUUGUCCAGGAAGCCAAAUGAUGAACGAGUGAUGCAUUUUAGAGAGAAAAAUAUUCUUGCCCCUUCUGAUAAUUUGUCUGCAAUUCUUGAUCAACCCAAAUGCCAUCUUUGUUGUGAAGCAGGUUGUGCAUCUACAUUAAGUUAUAUAUUAUGCGAAAGUUGCGGAGAGUGGUUUCAUGGAAAUGCUUUUGGACUCACUCUGGAGAACAUCGAUAAACUUAUUGGAUUUAGGUGCCACGUAUGUCGCAAAAGGGACCCUCCUAUCUGCCCCCACUUGCUAACUCUGAAGAAUGAUGUGUCCCAGUUGGUUGAGGUGCAAGGUAUUGCUGUGGUUGAACGUAAUGAUGAAGAAUCUAGUGCUGUCUCACCCUUGAGCGAGAUCGUAUGUAAUUAAUUGUCAUGAGAUUUGAGGGUGAAUACCUCAGCACGAUCAGAUUCUGAUCUUCUCUGGUUUGUUGAGAAACCCAUUGGAUGAAAAAGUGAAGGAAUGGAUAAUUAUGAGUGGGUUUACAAGUUUCAACUUGGAGAUAACCAGAGAUCUUCGACUAAGAAGAACUCUUCUCUUUAGGAAAAGGAAGAUUGAAUAUACUGUGGGCAAAGCCAGAAUAACCAAACAGAAGGUUGCGGCAGCAAAGCAGUGUAUUGAGCUAUUCCAAGAGGGUAACAUGAUACUUCACUAGAAAGGAAGGAGAGGUAUAGCUCAUACCUUGAAAAGGUUAUUAAUUUUCACAAGAAACCUUAAACUAUAUAUCACAAGUUUGUUUUGAUGCCUGAGAGUUUUUGUCCCAUCCAUUUAUUCACUGAAAAGGGAGGAAGAAAAAGAUUGAGAACUGUUUUUGUUUGAUCCAAUGAUGUCUAGUUAUGCCAUGUGUUCUAUCUACAUUAUUUUUAUACUGCAAAAAUUGUCAUAAAAACAUUUUGUGCAUCCCCAUCCCCAUCCCCAGGGCUAGGGUGGUGGAUCAAAUCAUAGUGUCAAGUCCCAUGGAGUGUGUGAUAUAUACAAACUUAGAAAACACAUGGGUUAAUUGUAGCUAUCGACUGUAAGCUGUGGUGUCAUGCUCUGUGUGCGUGUGUGGGGUUUUUGUUUUGUUCCACAGGACUUCUACUCUAUGGUAACAUAGACUUUUGACUUAUGUCGUCACAGUUGGCCAGAUAAUGGUCUUCCAGAAUUCCUUGAUGCUCCUGGAAAUUUAUCUAAAUGAUUGCUCUGUUGUCAUAUUUUUUAAGUGAUAAGAAUGAGAAUUUUGAGCCUUCUAUUUUAAUCCUUUUGGCGUCAACCUAUUUUUCUGUGGACCCAAAAAUCUAUUCGAUUUUUCUCUUUUCCAAAAACUCUUAUAUGGGAUUCACGAAUCUAUGACUUGUUACAGGUUUUCAUUGAGCUUCAGAAGACUGCAAUCUCUGCAUAUUUCUGGGAAGAUGCCGGCUAUUCUCGUGAUGGUGAUUGUCCAUCAGUGCUAAAUCCAAUCCAAUCCAAUCCUAUAACCCUUUUUGCAUUCUUUUUAUCAGGUGGGUUGGGUUGUGGUAACAUACGGACUUUGGGAGUGACUUGACUUAGGUUUUAGUUCACAUGACUGACAAUUGAUGCAAUUCAAGGCAAAAGAGUAAGACAACAAAUAGACUUGAAAUUCUUGCAAGAUUAGUAAUUUAUUCACAAGAGAAUGAAACUUGUCAAGAAGGUGGUUUGUGCUUUUAACAAAAUAAACAAGGAAAAAAAAAAAGGAAAAAGGCAUUUAUGUUUUAUAAUCUGAUUGUCGACCAGAAUUGCAAUUAUACAGUCAGUAUGUAUGAGAGAGAGAAAGAGAGAGAGAGAGAGAGAGAGUUGUGAGGAGCCAGAAUGAUGUAUACUGUAGCUUAAAGUAAUGAAUUAAUCCUUUAAUUUU